CCGCUGCGCAGCAACCGGAGGAGCAGCGGCGGCAGCAGCAGGAGGCGGAGGAAGCAGCUGCGCGACCGACCACAGCCCCCGGGGUGCAGCCGCGCCGGCAGGAGGCCCGACCGCCGCCAUGGUGAAGAUCGCCUUCCAGUCGCCCUUCGCCCACAAGGACGAGCCCAAGAAGGAGGCGGCCGAAGCGCUGGUGACCGACAAGGAUCCAGAAGUUGCAACACAUGGCCAUGAACAUUCGUCUGGAAGGUGUCUGCUGACCCUUUUGGGUCUUGCCUUCAUCUUAGCAGGCGUAGUUGUUGGUGGAGCCUGCAUCUCCAAGUUCUUCAUGCCAAAGCACAAACCAUUCCGUGGGCAAAUGUGCUAUGUGGGAGAGGAGAAUCAAGAAGAGCCGUACUUCUUGCCCAUUGCUGAAGAAGCAGAUAUCCGGGAGGCUGAUAACGUAGCCAUCAUUGAUGUCCCUGUUCCAAAAUUCUCUGACAGCGAUCCCGCAGCCAUUGUUCAUGAUUUUGACAGACUCCUGACUGCCUACCUUGACCUGCAACUGGGUAACUGCUACGUGAUCCCUCUGAACACUUCCAUUGUCAUGCCACCACGUAACCUAAUGGAUCUCUUUGCAAAGCUAGCGACUGAUUCUUACUUGCCUCAGACUUACCUUGUCCGUGAGGAAAUGGUUGUGACAGAAGAAAUUGAUAAUGUGUCGGAACUGGGCAUAUUCAUUUACCAGCUCUGUGUGGGAAAGGAUACUUUCAGACUUCAGCGCAGAGAUAAGAUAGUUGGCCUCCAGAAGCGCUCGGCUGAAAAAUGCCAUUCAAUCCGGCACUUUGAGAACUUGUUUGUUGUUGAAACCAAGAUCUGUCAGCAGUGAAAAGUAUGGUUGGAAACUGACAAUCACGCAUCUUCAUUAAGAAGUUGAAGCUUUACAUCUUAAACUUCAGAAUUAAAAUGUGCAGUGAUAAUCAAAAGCCUUAUGCUUUUUUGUGAAUUGCUUAGAUAAAAAAAAAAGGACGCAAACUCCACAUUCACCAUACUUUUUUUUUCAUUUGGACCCCUGGUGCUGAUAAAUUUUCCAGAUACCCAUUUUGAAUAGAAACUAACAUUUAAACUGAAAACUGCUUACUCACCCGAGUGUCUGUUGCAGUCUUUUCUUAAAGCAGGAAUACAAACAUUUGCGUGCAUACAAUGUAAUCAAAAUCACCACUUGACUUCACAGGAUGAUGAAACUAAUGUAUUAAUCCCUGUUUUGCACAUUUUUGCAUAGAUCUGUAAAACUGUUCUGCACUUGGCCUCCUGGUAGAAACGAACACAUUGAGACUUCUAAGGUUUUUUUGAACUUCAUGUGUGACGCAUGUAAACUUUAACAUUGGUAAUCAUAAGCGGCUAACCUGGCUUUUUUUUUCAUUUUGUGCAAUUACUGUAUUGAACUUGUAUGUAUAUUUGGAUCCUCCCCUGAACUGACCCUGAUACUUCUUUCCUCUUUUGGUUUUUGUGGUAUUUAGUUCUAUAUUGAGGCACAGUUACUCUUUAAAAGCUUUUAUGUUAGUAUUUUGGCGCUGGAAUAGUUUUGACAUCUUAACCUACAAGCUUAUGUAAUUAUUUCCUGAUUUGGCCCGAUUGUCAAUGUUUCCGUAGAUGUAAAUUCCCUCCUAGCCUGUCUUAUGAAACUUUUAGAGCAGAACUUCUUAUAAACAAGGUAGCACUAAUACUGCAAGCAAAAGUAUUAUCUUUGCUUAGGAUUGUGGUAAAAAGAUGGUAAAAGGGAUUGCUAGUGAGCUGCUAAGUUGAGUGUUUUAUAAGGGACUUUAUAUUUCACACAGAUUCUGCAACCCUCUAAUAAAUGUUUCUUUAAGAGUA